UAUCGUAAGCCAUGCAAGUCUACUGCCCCACCUCGCAUGAAGCUUCUCCCGUCUUCCCACGAAGCUUACUACGAAGGAUCAGAUGACAACAUAUUUAUACUCCCACCACCCACUACUCCUUCUUCACUGCACUACGAACUCCCAUGGAUGGGAAUUAUUACCAGAAUAUGGGCUCAUCACCUUUUGGGAGCCCCCAUCACCCUGUAUUUGAGCCCUCUGAAUAUCUCGACUUGGGCGACUGGGCGGGGGAGGAGGAGGAACCGGCGGCGAUGCACGUGUCCGGCGGUCAUUAUUAUCCCCUUCUUAAUCCGCCGCACCACCAAGCUCCUCCUCCUCCGGAGGGAGUUCACGGCUACCUGCAGGGAGGACCCAGAAACAAUGGUGGGAGCUACGGCGGCAGGGAGAUGAGAGAAAAGUUCGCGUUCAAAACAAAGUCUGAGGUUGAAAUACUGGAUGAUGGGUACAAAUGGAGGAAAUACGGCAAGAAGAUGGUGAAGAACAGCCCAAAUCCGAGGAAUUACUAUAAGUGCUCUGUGGAUGGUUGCCAAGUGAAGAAAAGAGUUGAGCGAGACAAAGAUGACCCAAGCUAUGUAAUAACAACCUACGAGGGCAUCCACAACCAUCAGGGUCCCCUGUCCUGAUCACCACAAUGCCAAAAACAACUGCUCCAAUGGUUAGUUACUAAAAAUCACCAUUUGGUCAUAUCACCUACCAACCACUUUCGGUUGCAUCUGUAUGAGGUUCUAGAGGUCCCAAACUGUUUUUCCAGAGGUUAGACCACAGACGAUUCCUUAGUCUUAGAUCAAGAGUAGUAAACUAGUAAUAAUCUGUACGGUCAACCGGACACCAUAUAUAGCAUAUAGCAAAUAGCAAAAGCCUUUCAGUCAUGUAUUUAACUUUUCACAUUGGAAACAAAAGAACCCAUUGCCAAAAA